CCGGCUCCCCUGGCAGUCCGGACCGGACCGGACCGGACCGGACCGGGCUCGAGGGCGCCCCUCUGGAUGGGGACGGAGUCGGAGCGUCCGGAGCCCACGUGCCAACAGCAGUUCGAAGCGGCGGUCGGCGUCGUCCAGAGUCUGCCCAAGAAUGGCUCCUACCGGCCCUCCUACGAGGAGAUGCUGCGUUUCUACAGUUUCUACAAGCAGGCCACCGUGGGCCCCUGCCCCAUCCCCCGGCCCGGCUUCUGGGACCCCAUCGGCCGCUAUAAGUGGGACGCUUGGAACAGCCUGGGCCGGAUGUCCAAGGAGGCGGCUAUGACAGCCUACAUCUCGGAGAUGAAGAGGGUGGCUCAGAAGGUGAUUGACACGGUGCCCCUGGACGAUGUGGAGGAGGAUACGUUUGGCUACUUCGAGCCCCUUUACGCCGUGAUUCCGGACAUGCCAAGGCCCCCGGAGACCUUCCUCCGCAGGAUCUCAGCAGCCCAGGCCUCGGGAGACCUCGCUGUCCACACCAUAGCCCCCAGCCGCCCAGAGGGCGAGGUUUGGGGGGACCCUGUGGAGCAGCCGGACCGGCCGGAGCCCGAGCAGAGCUCGGCCCCCAGGGAGACGCCCCCAGGACCCUCGGAGGGACGGGGCAGCCCCAAGCCCCCAGAAGACAGAGUUCAGGGGUCAACCCGGUGCUGGGACUCCGGCCCUUCAGCCCAUUUUAGGGAUGAGAAGGGGGCCGAGCACCAGGAGGGUCCUCCGGGAGUAGACCGGCCCGCCGAGGAGGCCCGGCCCGGCCCGGAGUCCGCGGCCGCGGAGAGGGGACCGGACCUGCGGCUCACCGGGACCGUGCGGGCCCUUCAGGACGGGAUGGCCGAGGUCCAGCGGCGGCUGCGGGCCCUGGAGCGCCUGCCACCCGCCGGGCAGAAGCGCCUCUCCCGACCCCUCCGUGUCUCCGGCCGGACGUUGGCCUUCCUGGUUUUGUGGCCGUUCGUGGCCCAGUGGCUGUUCCGGCGUCUCCGAGCCCGGAUGAGGUGAAAACCCUCGCUUUCCGACCAGUACGUCGCCGGAGGUUGCCCCUUCCCGCCGUGGGCAGGCCGCACGCCAAGCCCGGGCUGCCCACCCACGACCCCCAGGACUCCCGCCGCGAGGACUUCGUCGGUCGCCCCUGCCCCUGGCCAGGAGGACGCCCUCGGACCCUGGCAGAGGAGCCCCAUCCUCAUCAAUCGUCUUGAUUGAGCGCUUACUGUGUGCAGAGCACUGGACUAAGCGCUUGGGAAGUCCAA